AUGUCUAUUUCAAGAACGGCAGCUCAUACAGACAAGGCGCCUCAACCCUUUGGGGGCCUCUAUUCGCAAGCAGUCAUUGCUAAUGGCGUUGUCUAUUGCUCUGGAAUCGUUGCGAUUGAUCCUGAAACAGGUAGCUUGAUUAACGGGGAUCUCAAGGCUCAUACGAAACGUAUCCUCGAGAGCCUUUCCAGUACUCUACAGGCUGCUGGCUCCAAUCUCAAUCGAGCUGUUAAGAUCAAUGUUUACCUCGCAAACAUGGACGACUUUGCGGCCAUGAACUCGGUUUACGAGCAAUAUUUCGUGGAUGGAGUGAAACCCUGCCGAACUUGUGUGGCUGUUAAGACUUUGCCUUUUAACACCGACGUUGAGAUGGAAUGCAUUGCAGUUCUGUAA